CUUAGAAUCUCUACUGUCCACGUCCACGACUGUGGGCAUACCAAACCAUGGACUCGACCAUUUUCAGGUUCCGAGCGAAAGUAUUUCAUCAUAACCUCCACUUUUAUGGGCAUUGGGAAUCGAAUUGAAUGCAGGUCGAAAACACCGAAAAUAUGAGUAAGGUGACUCUGACUGCAUGGGGAUCUGAUAUCAUAGCUUCAUCAUUGACCCAAGCUGGAGGGCGAAAAAAGUGACAUCAGAUUGAACCACCCACCUUUGCUUGCAAUCGACUACAUCCAGUAAUAACUCUACAUAACUUCGAACGAAAGCCUUUUCCACCACAAGUCCAACCAACCUUUUUUUCUUUCCUCCAUUUCCAAAACAACAACCACCACCACCACCACCACCACCACAAUGUCUUCUCCUCACCGCGGCGGCAGACUCGAGGACAUGGCCCCGACGGGCACCUCGAUCCCCAACGACGCGGGCCUCCAGAACACCAUCCCGUCCGUGCCGCGCCCGGACCAGCGGGCCGAGCACGGCGGCUUCGACAACUACGGCGUCGCCCAGCCCUCCUCCGCCUUCGCCGCGGACAACGCCACCGACAUGCCGCGCAGCGCCCGCGACAUGGGCGCCACCGGCGAGGUCCUGACCGGCACCGGCAACUCCUUCCCCGCCGAGGGCGAGUCCAAGCGCACCUUCAUCGGCAACCAGCACCCGGGCGCCAAGGGCCACGGCCGCGACCUGAAGCACCGGAACAUGAACCGCGGGGCCUUUGACCGCUUCGCGGCCGAGGAGGAUGACGCGGCCGGGGAGCAUCAGAUUCGGAAUGAGUAAAUGGUGUUGAUCGUUUUUGUCUUGUGUGAUGACGACUUCUCUUUGGAAUGGGAUGAUUGAGUCGCGGCUGGUAUGCGACUUUGCUUGAUGGAUAACGAUAUUCUGUGAUGGUUGGAAUCAAUUGUAUUAUAGAUCUUUCUUUGAGGUU